UAAAGCUGCCAGCUGGAAACGCCGUCGGCACUUGCGACUGGAUUCUCGAGGACGCCGCUCCAGCAGCUGAAAUUCUCCAGCAGUUAGCGAUGUUCCUGCCGGCAGUAGUGUUGGCGGCGUGGCUGGCGGCGUCACCCGCAGUGGGGCAGGUGCCGGGGCUGGGGCCCUGUCCAGACGUCGAGGUGGAGCACAACUUCAGCGUCGAGAGGUACCUGGGCAAGUGGUACGAGCAGGAGCGCUACUUCGCAGUGUUCGAGCUGGGCGGCAACUGCGUCACUGCCGAAUACACGGACGAGGGCAACGGCGUCGUCGGGGUGAACAACACUAUGACUAACCUCGUGACGGGCCGAACGCAGUCUAUAAAAGGGCGGGCGAGGCUGGCGAACAGCACGUCUGACGCUCGACUUGUCGUCGUUUUCUCCAGCGUUGGUUCUUUUGAGGCACCUUACUGGAUCCUUGGCACUGAUUACGAUAAUUAUUCAGUUGUGUGGUCAUGUGGAUCGUUCGGUGAUGUCGUCAAUGCAAGAUUUUCGUGGUUGCUGACACGAGCCAAGAAUCCAGGAAAAGAUAUCAUACGGAAGAUGAGACGAGUACUGGACAAGAACGGCAUUCCAUUACAGCCGUACAUGCGAACUCUACAGGUGUGCCCCAAUUAAUGCUGAUGACAUCCUUCUUCACUCCCACAUCAUGUAAGACGGAGUUUAUAUUAUGGUGGUAUGACGAUAGAGUAAUAUUUUUGAUGGAGGAUCAAGAAUGUUAGAAAAUGUAUGUAUGGUUACGAAUCUACACAAAUAAAGGUCUAAGUUAUGGUA